AAAAGAAAAAAAUGUUUUCAGGGCCCAGAUUACGACGAGAGCUCGGACGCGACCCUGAGAGCCGAGCACGUGGCGAGUCUGCUGCGUAGGUGGGAGCUCGCGAGCGUCACCUGGUCCAGCGUCGAUCUCGACAACAGCAACGACAGCAGCCCGACACCCACCAUCAAGUCAUCGUCGACGCCAACAGCCGCGCAGUCGAACCGUAUAAAUAGCCUUCAGCAACACCACCACCACCACCAGCGAUCUGCAGCCUGCACCUAUCUGCACCAUCAGCAAAAGACCCAGGUCGCAUCAGCGCCACCAACGGCCAACUACAGUACCAACAAGGAGCGCACCGGCAACCGGCCCGAGACGCCGGUCUACGUUCAGCGCAUCAGCAGCGCCAACAGACUCGACGGCCUCCAAGACGUCGUCGGCCACCACCACCCCUACCAUCACCAGUACCAGCAGCAGCAGCAGCAGCACUGUCCGUCGCCCAACAUGCCGCGUCACGUGCUCGAGUCCAUAAGCCAGAGCCCGACUCAGGGUCUCAAGAACCCACCCGGGCUACAACAGAUGGCCUCGCCGCCCACUAGCACCGGCCGCUACCCGCAUCACUACCACCACUCGGACCAGCCCCUCAAGACCAAGUCCAACAAUAACCCGCUGAACGGCGAGUCGUACGGCCACGCGCCGCCCACCUACUUCCAACACCAACCGCAACCCACCCACCGUGGACGGGAGCAGUACGACUCGCCCGUACUGCUGACAAACUCGCCGAGCAAUCCUUACCUCGGUAAGUUUCAGAUCAGCUCGAGCGUCUCGCCUCUCCCGGCCGCCCAACAGUACAACAUCGGCUCCACCGGUGGUGCAGCCAACACCAGCAACAGCCGAAGGCGCACCGGGUCAGAUGGCUACGGCGCCCCUCAGAUGACGUGACCCGCGGGCCGACACCUGGACAGGGACGACGGCUACUGGACCACGAGAUAAGACUGACUGAUCCAUCGGUUAUUGCUUUAGGACGUUAUCAUCAUCAAUACUAUACUAUAGAACAUAUUAUAAUAUAAAAGGGGAGAAGCUGCUCGGUG